UAUAUUUAUGUAGUACGGGAACAGAAAUUGCCUUCAAGAAACAGAACAAAAAAAACGAAACCUCCGAUCGGAAGAAUCCACUAGCUGUCCUGUUUCUGCAUUACUGUUCAUUCCCAAAUUCCCUCUUCUCAAGUAUAAACAUGACCUUCUUCCUUCAUCGACAAGAUUCAUCCUCAAGAGAGCGAAAGGUAAUUGACAUUAUUCAAAGAAACAGAGGAUAUUAUGGGCAACGUAAUGUUCUCAUUCUGCGGUUGUGUCGGCCAGUCAAGCGUUGGGGUGGUGGAAAGAUGGGGAAAGUUCGAUAGGUUAGCCGAGCCUGGUUGCUACGGCUUCAACCCUACCGACGGCGUAUAUCUAGUUGGGAAACUGUCCACCAGGUUACACGCACUUGAAGUUCGUAUCGACACAAAAACGAAGGAUAAUGUAUUCGUCCAACUUCUUUGCUCAAUCCAAUACCGUGUUGUCAAAGAAAAUGCACAAGAUGCUUUUUACCAGUUAGCAAAUCCUACAGAACAGAUUCAAUCUUACGUCUUUCAUGAGAUUCGAGCUCAUGUUCCUAGGCUGAGUCUGGAUGAACUCUUUGAACAAAAGGGUGAAGUUGCUCAAGCUGUCUUACUUGAACUUGCAAAGGUUAUGGGAGCAUAUGGGUAUCGAAUGGAACACAUUCUGGUGGUUGAUAUAAUACCUGAUCCUACCGUUCGCGACGCCAUGACCCAGAUCAAUGCAGCUCAAAAGCUUCAGCUAGCGAGUGUAUACAGAGGUGAGGCAGAGAAGAUAAUGUUAGUGAAGAAAGCAGAGGCGGAUGCAGAAGCCAAGUACUUGGGUGGGGUUGGUGUGGCUAGGCAGAGGCAGGCAAUAACAAACGGACUGAGGGAGAAUAUCUUAGAUUUCUCGUAUAAGGUUGAAGGGGCUUCGUCAAAGGAUGUGAUGGAUCUCAUCUUGCUCACGCAGUAUUUCGAUACGAUAAGGGAUGUGGGGAACUCAUCUAAGAACACUACUGUCUUUAUUCCUCAUGGACCAGGUUAUGUUGGGGAGAUUACCGAACAGAUUCGUAAGGGGAGGAUGGAAGCUGUUGUUCCUGCCAAUGUCAAUGCCUAGAUUUUGUUUUCUUUUGGGUGUUGAUUUUUCUCUGUUUUUGUAUCAACUUCUUCAAAUGUAUUGUUAAGAAAUAUGCAGUAUAGAUUCAUGGAAUUAGCUCCUUCAAUGAAUGUAUGUGUUUUAACUACAUAUCAAAGUUAU